UAUUCGUUAUCGCACUUGUUACCAUACAAAAAUAUCGAAAAUUUUCCACCUCUAGAAGCAGUGAAGAAAAUUAUAGCGUGGUUUUUUCGGUCGAAAAACAAUUAAAAGUGCAACAGACAGUGGAAAAACAAAGUGCAACUAACCCUGCCGUGCAUGCUUAGUCAAAAACCAGCCCGAUACAAGUCCCAGAUUCGCGAGCCGAGCGAAGAAGUGAGAUUUCUUGUUUCCCAAAGCCUGAAAGUGUCACCGCCAAGACGUACGUGCGAAAAAUGUUCUGGGACAAGGGUUAUGCGCCCUCCGCGAAUAUAGAGGCGCUGCUGGAGAAGGAGAACUCCACGCUGGAGGAAUUCCUGGACGAGGAGGACAUACUACAGGAGUGCAAGACGCAAAAGAAGAACCUGGUAAACUACUUUAAACGUCCCGAGGUCAUCCGGCGCCUGGUGGAGCUGAUCACAACCGCGCCGAACGAUGACGUACCCAUGGCGCAGCGUUACCGCUAUGCGAACAUGUCCUGUGAGAUACUCACGCUCGGCCUGCCGUCCCUGGAUGAAAAGCUUCUGACCGACCCGGAGACCCUUCAGCUUCUGUAUUCAUAUCUGGAAAAGGAACCACCGUUAAAUCCAUUGCUAUCGUCGUUUUUUAGUAAAACGUUUAGCAUGCUCUUUACCAAAAAGCCUGAACAAGAUUGGUUUUUGUAUCAACACAUGUGCCUACAACUCCUGGAGUAUAUUAAAUCGCAGAAGAACUUUUUGGAUUUCAUUUGUAAACACUUUGACACACCUGUCAUACCUGAUUUAAUAAUGCAAAUGAUGAAGGACAUCGAGGGUGGUCAACUCAAAAGGAACCUUUUCGAAUGGCUAACUGAAGAUAAAAUUGUUGAGAGACUGAUUGCAAUAUUGCGUAAUCCUCAAGAAACCGAAAAACAUGCAAAUGUUGCCGACUUUUUCUGUGAUCUUAUUAACCAAGGGCGCCUGAUGCGUCAGACCGAGCAGGAGAACGAUUCGUUUGAGCCGGCCUUCGAUGGCUCCAACCCCAUUCUAAAGACAAUUGAAUCCGCAGACACAAUUGAAGCCUUGUUAAAUGUGAUUUUGGAACCAAACGCUCAGGAGAGCGCCAUCUUAUCAGGAAUAUCGGUUGUACUUACGCUUAUUAAACCAAUUACCUUUACAGAUGAGCCCAACUUGGAUCGCCAGAUUAUGCUUCAGCUACGCGAGCAGAAGUUCCACCAGGAAGUACGGGAGACUGUGAUUACUGUGAUGGCGCCACGCCUCCACGAAUUUGUUCAUGUUCUCAAGAACCCGCCCGCCAAACCAACACUCGAAACGACGGCAGCCGUGUUGACGCCCCCAUUUGGCAAGACUCGCUUGCAAGUGUGCCGCGUGUUCACCGCCCUGCUGGAAACUAAGCACGAGACCAUUCAGCAGGCAAUUUGUGCAACGGAGUACUUUAGUCUGUUGUUGGAGUACUUCAAACAAUACUGCUGGAACAACUUUUUGCACAGCGAACUGGAAAAGGCCCUGCACUUGGUCUUCUUCAAAGGGCUUUCCAACAACAAUACAGGAUCCACGGACACGGACAUAUUCAAUGUCCGUGGUUUCCUGAAAGAAAUUGAAGUGGCCGCCGCUCAGGAUGCGGCCGUCGAUGAUGACAAACAAGAACCGCAAGAAAAGACUAAUGACGUAGAGAUUGCAGCUGAAGUUCAAGCUGAAGAACUCGCCCCCGAAGACGCUGCAACCGAGUCUGUGGAGAAUCAUGAGGAGAACAGCGAAGUUGGUGGUGAAAAUGCAGCUGAGCAGCAGAAAGAGGAGCCCGCUCUCAAUGAUCUCGACAUUGCCCCUCCCUCGGAAAUGCAAACUCAUUUGAUUGUUAACUGCCACUUGGUGUCCAAGCUGGUCGACUAUUGGCAGCACAAUGCGCAGGCGCAGGCCGCCGAAAAGGGUCGUCGCUUGGGUUACAUGGGACAUCUUAUUAAAAUUUUACGCCACAUCACGAAUUGUAUAUCAGAAUCCGAACAUAUCGCCGCCUUGAUCUCCUCCAGCCUAAGCGACGAGGCCGAGCAGACACUCUGGCAGUCAUUAAUCGAUGCCGAAACGGGAGAAUUUACACUGGCAGCGAAGCAGCAGACGAAACUGUUGGCCAAUUGCAAUCCUCACGAGGAGAACGAGUACACCUUGGGUUCAAACGACUACCUUGGCGAGUUGAACGCUUGGGAGAUUGGAGCCCUGAACUUUAGUGACACGAUUCAGGACAUAGUUUUUACGAUGGACAAUGACCUGAACCUGUCUCAGUUGGGACGCAACAUUGACGACGAAGACGAUGAUGAUGAUGAACAUGGCGAACAUUCGGGAGCAGGCGACGGCCAUGGGCAGGGACACGGAAUGUUUACCAAGAACUCCAUCACCUUGAGCAAUCUGGCAGAUCCCUGGGACAUGGAUGUCCAGUUCUCCGACAUUCCCGGUGUGUCAGCCCAGGUCAAUACUUGUACUGCCAACUGGGGUGCCGACUUCAAUGCGGAUAACUUUGCUGACUUCGAUGCGCACUUUAGCACGUUCGGUAGUGAUCUGGGCAUGUCCAGCACCGCAUCUCCUGGGGACGGGUCUUCGGAAGCUCCGCCUCCCACCUCUGAUGUGAACCAGGACACCCAAGAGCGUCUACCCGCUGAGAAUUCCGAUGCCUCAAUUCAGAAUAACAGCCACGAACAGCAGGCGGAGUAUGACAACAAUGCCAACGUUGAAAAGGCCAUCAGCGAAAAGCUAUCCGAAGCCGGCGUCGCGGAAGCCACUUCUAUCGUAACCCGAUUACAAUCGGUGCUGCUGGACGGCGAGGACGAUUAUGAGGAUGAUGAGGGCAUGUGGACUAAACCACUGGGAGAAGAUCGUGCUACGGAGACAGAGCAAACUACUCCGGUAUUAAAUGGGCCCACCAGCAAAGUGAACGAGUUCAAUCAUGCCAACGACAACAGCAGCAGCGACGUCGAUGGCCACGAGGCCGGAAACGAUACAGCGGAGCAACAGAAAUUGGCCGCCAGUGCCACCAAGACGAACAAUGUAGAGAUUGCAACUACGACCACAUAAAUUGCAUCCAUCACUCCCGCACGUCAUCCAACUGCAAUUGUAUAGCAUAAAAUGUGUCGACGACAAUUUGUAAAAAUGCCUUUGAUUUGCUCUUUGGUCAUUCUUAUACAUAAUCAUGCAUACAUAUUUAUAUGAAUAUAUACCACAUACUAUUACUUAUACGUACAUAUAUAACAGGCUGCAUAGUACAACAAACGAUUUGUGUAUUAUCAAAAGGCCGAAGCCCGCCCAAAAACCAAAAUGAAGAAACAAAAAACUAAAAAAAAAACUCAAAAUGGUAAAAAAAUGUUCAAAGUGAAAAGUAUGUUGUUGAUUCCUUCUGCUCCUCGCUCGUAUUGCCAAUUAUUUUAAUUAUUACUCUUCCUUCACGUUUCCUAAUUAAGAAACAACCUGUAUUUCGUUUGUAAUUGUAUUAGUCUGUCGUUUAAAAACGCUUUUACUUUCAAUACUCUCAAUGUGUUAGGCAACGAAUGAGCAUUACUUAAAGUACCAAAAUUUACGCAACGUCUAAGUAUGCUUAGUUUAUAUUUUUAUUGUAUUUGUUUUAGCUUGAUCAGAUGAGGGUUACCUUUACAUAUUAUAUAUAUAAUUACACACAUAUUAAGGGGAUAUACAAAUACUUAAUUUCGACCUUGCUCCAUUGUCAUACUGAAUAUUUUUCGAGUAGCGCUUUAAAUGUCAGUUGCGCCCUUCAUUAAGCUGAGUAUUUGGAUAUCCCCUUGCAUAAACUUGUAUUUGUAAAUUGGAGACUUGUAUUUAUUGUAUGUAUUUUGAAACGAAUGCAAAAGCAAUGCCAAAAUACCAAAUGGUUCAACACCAAGCGACACAACACCACACCACAUACCCCAUAUUAUGCUGCAAGCACAACUUGUGUCUUUUGCCAUUAUGACUUUAUUUGUAUACAAAUCGGUAUAACCAAAAAAUAUUCAAUGUCGAAAGUACAAAACACACUGAAAGAAACUACUACGAUCGAAAGUGAAGAAUAUAGACAACGGCCGGCAUUUGUCACCCCUGAUCUACAUACACGCCACUACCUACAAUUAUACUAACUAUAUACGAUUUCUAUCAAUACCGUCUGUUUACCUAGCAAUGCAACAGAACCAAACAGAAGAAACGAGAAAUUCAAACGAAGACUUUCCAAGAAGACAUUUUAAACUCUACCACAUGUAUCUUUUAUAUGUAUUGUUUUAUUUGUUCUUGUCAAGUUGUCGUUAAGAAGAUGUUUUUUGUUUUAAACGUGCAGAAAACCACGAACAAAAAAGGAAAUGUUUUAAAGAAUUAAAAAACAAAUAUGCCAUCUUUUGCUUCCAAAUAAUUAAAUUUUAAUUAUGUUUAAAAAUAAAAAGGAAACUACUUUAAAAGUAAAAUCGAUGUUUGUUUUACACGUGACAAUUUGCUCACCAAAAAAAUAAUAAAAAUUUAAAAUAAAACCUAAAAAAAUUAACAUAGAGAUUAGAAUAGAUUAAUAGUAUUAAGAGAAAGAAGGUGGGCAGCAUAUCAGGCGCAGAAGUGUGGAAAGUAACAAAGUAAUCCCCUUCCCGUACAUCCUUAAUGAAAAUGAUCGAUGUUUGCCAAUUCAGUUAGGAUUCUUUUCGAUCUAAGCUUAGGCACACCAAUUGCACAAAUCUCAAAUCGCUUGCUUUUUAUUUUUGCAUAUUUUGCAUAUUUUAGGAACACGACAAAAAACAAAAAUCCGAGAAAACUAAUUUAACAUAGUAGCCGAAAAAACGAAAAAAAAAAAAAAUAUUGAAACGUUUAAACUCUCUCUGAUGAAAAACUGUGAUAAUUAAAUGAAGUUGCAGGGUAUUUGAUAAAGCAAACUUAAUUUAAACAAAUUGUAAAACAUCAACUAAUGGACUCAACCAUUUGGAAAUACAAAACACAGCCAACACGAGACACUUACACAAGCAAACAAAAAAAGGCAAAGAAAAAAUAAAAAAUAAAAUCUAUAACGGAAUCAUAAACUAAAAAAAGUUAAUUAUACGAUUCUUUAGCAUCACAAUCAGCAGGACACGUCGACAGCAAGAUGAAUCAACCAAACAGCAAUAAGUACUGCAAUGAAGUCUAAUUGGAGGAGUUUUAAUGUAUAGUCUCUAGCCGUGCGAAAGUAUCUCUAAGUUUUUGAGCUAGUAGGGAUAGUCGAGGACCGAUAGCUUCACAGAAACUAAGCACUAAACUAAAAAAAUAAUACUCAUAUCAAGCAGCCAAUUGUAAACCUUGUACUAUGUAUAAAAGCGUAAAAGAUUGUCCCCAGUAUUGUCUUCCCCCUAGUUACAUAUGUGUUUUCGUCUCUACCGAUUAACUUAGAAUCCGUAAUCCCUGAUCCAAUGAUGAUCCAAGGCGACAAUGAUCGAGUCCUUCCCUUGUGCAUAUGCCUUAAUGAUUAUAAAACAUAUAACAACCAUUCACAGCCACAUAGAGAGUGUAGUAUUCAUAAUCGUAGCGAUAGUUUCACCUACAUACUGUGUGUCUUUUAAUUGUUAAGCAGCAGCAAGCUUCAAAUAUUUGUACGAUAAUACUAAUGAUAAACUGAGAAACCAAAAUGGAAUCGUAAUGAUAAUGAUACCUAAAAGAGAACAAUGUAGAUAAAUUCUUGUGGGCAGCUUUAAGCAUUUUGUUUGUCUAAUUAUAUAUGAACUUGAAUAAGAUGAAUACCAAACGUCCAAAGUUUUUUGCUAACGAGAACUAAGAACAAUUGUGAACAAGAAAGUCUUCAGAAAUGUUUUGAUCACCUCGAUGAGAAACAGAAACAUAAUUAUACACACCUAUGUACAUGCAUGCCUAUAUACAAAAUAAAUACAUUUACCAAUUAA